AUGUCACCAAACAAGAUAUCAUUCAUUUCAAAUGAAACAAUGACUAGUUUGCAUAAAUAUCAAUCAAUUUUGUUAGUUUUCGGUGGAACUGUUCUAACGGGAUGGUUGUACAAUAAGUAUUGGGUUAAUCGUCGAUAUUUAUCGACAAAUCAAUUAAUGAAUGGAAAAACAAUUUUAAUCACCGGUGGAAAUACUGGAAUUGGUUAUGAAACAGCCAAAGAUCUGCUUAAACGAAAUGCUCGUGUCGUCAUUGCUUGUCGAAAUUUGGUUAAAGGUCGUGAAGCUAUUGAAAAUCUUCUCAAAGAAACGAAUUGCUCCAAAACAAAUCUUCGUUUAAUGGAAUGUGAUUUGAGUUCAUUGAAUUCUGUUCGAAAAUUCGCGAAAUUAUUCAACGAAGAAGAAAAUCAUUUAGAUGUGUUGAUCUGUAAUGCUGGUUUAGGUUAUUCUCCACAAAAACAAACGGAAGAUGGUUUCGAUUCUGUUAUUCAGAGCAAUUAUCUUUCACAUUUCUUAUUGACAAAUCUUUUGUUAGACAAACUGAAGAAAUCCGAAUCAGCAAGGAUUAUCAAUGUUUCAUCUGAUCUUCAUCGAUUAGUCACAAAACCAAUUGAUUGGUCCGAUGCAUUUACACAAAGAAAUUCGUUGGGGAUGAUGGGAUCAUAUCCCGUGUCGAAAUUAUUUCAAAUUUUGUCAUCAUAUCAAUUUAAAACGAAUUUGUCUGAUGAUGAACAUGUGAAUGUAUUUUGUUUGACUCCAGGUUUUGUCUCAACAUCAAUCAAAGAUCCAUUGGAAGAGAAAAUCGGAAGUCUCCUUUCGCUGAUUUAUUAUCCGAUCAUGUGUAUUUCCAAAUGGGUGUUUGCAAAAACUGCUCAAUGUGGUGCACAAACAUCGAUUUAUUGUGCAGUUGAACCAAGUUUAGACCGAUCAAAAUCAUUAUACUUUCAAAACUGUGCUGUUUGUCCAUCCUCGCCAUUAAGUAUCGAUCCUGAAUCGGCACGAAAACUAUGGGAUCUCAGUUGUCAAGCGGUUGGACUUUGA